AUGAUGACGUACUCGCCCCUCGUCGGAUCCGAAUUACCUCUCCUUCAACUGAAUCCACUAGAGACAGACGAGAUCCAAGUUAGAUGCAAGUUUGUCCAGGCCUCAUUAGACGCAGAAAUCCGCUUCAAAGCACCCUACUACACUUGGGGCAAUCCCAACGACACAAAGCCCAUCCUACUCAACGAGGAGGUCAUCAUUUGGCUAGGAAUGGCGACGGAGCACUCCCGCGCCGGGAUCGCGUGUAUGUGUGACACCGUGGAUGAGAGCCUGCGGAUACUAUUGGAGGGCGACGGGCAACCGCCACUCAUCUUUGGCGAUCUCCCUGACACCUUGGUAACAAAGUUCCACCCCAUACUGGCGUCAGCGGCAGCCUCCCCCAAACUACUGGGCAUCGCAGUUCUCGGUAGAGACUGGUUUACUAGAGUUUUGGCGCUGCAGAAGCUGGCCAUGAAAAGUCGUGUUUCGUUCCGUACCGGCGCCGUAGACAUCGGGCUGUGUCAGCUGUAG